CAUAUAUUACUUGUCACGUUAAUCAUUUGAAUACCCGGGGGGGCGGGGGGGGGGGGGGGAACACAGUUAGAAGUUGCAAUUCCUCACUCUUCACUUCAUUGAGUUCAUAACUUUUUACAUAAAAUUUUUGAUUCUUGAAUUUAACGCCUCCUCUCCCAACCCCCCCCCCCCCCAAAAAAAAAAAUAAAAAAAUUCUCUUUUAAAUCAAUAAAAUCUCUGUCCAAAGGGACAAAAAUUGUUACAUUAGUUCGUGUUUUUCGUGUUAUUAUUAUUAUUCUCAUAAAACUAAAACAUUAUUGCCACCAAUUUAAAAGCACAACCUUUACAUUUACAAAUACUCCCAUCAUUACUUCCAUUACUUUCUUGCUCUCUCUCUUCCCCAAGAUUUGUGUGGUGACAACAAAGAGAGAGAGAGAGAGAGAGCUUGAAAAUGAGAGCUAUGGAGAAGAUGUUCUUGUGGUUUGUGAGUGUGAUUUUUGUGCUUAGCAAAUUUGUAAAUUCUUAUGAAUUUGAAGAAUUUUUUUACAAUAAAACAGAAGGGGCAUUCUUGGAAAGUGUGUAUGGAGCUUCUGCAGCUGGUGCUCCAACUCCACUUAUGGUUGGUCUUACCAUCAUCCAUGGUGCUGCUGCUAGAGGAGCUGUGUGUUUAGAUGGAACAUUACCUGGUUACCACAUCCAUCGAGGUUAUGGGUCUGGGGCAAACAGUUGGCUCAUUCAAUUGGAGGGUGGAGGAUGGUGCAACAGUGUUAGAAGUUGUGUUUAUCGCAAAAAAACAAGGCGGGGAUCAUCGAAUUACAUGGAAAAACAGAUUCCUUUCACUGGGAUUUUGAGUAACAGGGCCGAAGAAAAUCCAGAUUUUUUCAACUGGAAUAGAGUAAAAGUUCGCUACUGUGAUGGUGCCUCAUUUAUAGGGGAUAGUGAAGAUAAGGCUGCAGGGUUGCAAUUUAGAGGCAAGCGCAUAUAUCAAGCUGCUAUGGACGAGUUAAUGUCAAAAGGAAUGCGAUACGCCAAACAGGCUCUUCUCUCUGGAUGUUCUGCUGGUGGUCUAGCUUCAAUAAUGCAUUGUAAUGACUUCAGCAAUUCGCUCCCACAUACUAAAGUGAAGUGCCUUAGUGAUGCUGGAUUAUUUAUGGACGCAAUUGAUGUAUCAGGAGGACACUCCAUUAGAAAUUUCUUUGGAGGUGUGGUUAUGACUCAGGGUCUUCAGAAUACGCUACCAAGAACAUGCACCAACCACCUUGAUGCCACCUCAUGUUUCUUUCCUCAGAAUUUAAUCGGCAACAUCAGGACCCCUCUUUUUAUACUGAAUGCUGCCUAUGAUUCCUGGCAGCUUCAGGAGAGCUUAGCUCCUCGUACAGCUGAUCCUCACGGCUUAUGGCACGACUGUACGCUCAAUAAUGAAAGAUGUUCUCCUUCUCAAAUUCAAUUUUUGCAAGGUUUUAGGACUCAUAUGCUUAAUGCAGUUAAAAGAUUCUCUGCUUCAAGACAAAGUGGUUUGUUUAUAAACUCAUGCUUUGCUCAUUGCCAAUCUGAGAGGCAAGAUACAUGGUUCUCCGAUAAUUCCCCCACAAUUAAUAACAAGCCGAUUGCACUUGCAGUUGGAGAUUGGUACUUUGAUCGCAACGGUGUCAAGGCCAUAGACUGUGCAUAUCCAUGUGAUCGAACAUGUCACAACCUGGUCUUUAAGUGAUCCAUACAAUCAAAUUCUUUUCCUGCUCCAACUUGGCAGAAAUAUGUUAUCAUCUUGAUAGUCAUAUACCCAUCCCUAUUAAGCUUAAGAGGUUUCAAAGUAGUGCAACAAAGUUCACUGUAGACAAUAAGGUUUUCCAGUGUAACAAAGUUAUUUAUCUUAUGUAUCUAUUCCAUUUUUAUUGGAUUGUAAAACAAAUCAACUCAAUGAAGAGCUACCAGUUUAUACUUGGCCACCAA